UUACUUAUAGUAUGCUGGUUCUUUUAUUCUAAUCACAUAUGACUCCAGCAUUCGACGUUAGCACUCCGUAGAGCGUUAGAUUUUACUUUAAUACUUAUAAAAUAAUUUGCAUUUUUCAAAAUAUUUCAUAUUUCUUUAAAUGUAGUUGUGAAAUGAUUAAAAUAACAGAUUAAAAAAGAUUAUUGUCUGCUACUUUCAUCGCUUUAUGGCUUCCAAAAUUGGAGCUUCCUUGACUGACCCUCAUACGACAGCUGGUAGGACUGCAUUUUGGCUAAUCUGUCUGCAUUGCAUAAGUAAUAAUAUCGCUCCAAGUAUGAUUCACUAUAUUAUAAGUAAAAACAUCGCGGACCAAGAAUCUCAGCGGCAAGUAGAAAGCUAGGUGUUAUUCUUCUAGAAAAUUGAAGAAAAAUUCACACAUUUUAUAGGACGACCUGCAAGAUUCUACACAAAACCACAGUUCUAUUCAGCCGUUUUAUCUAUUUGGUUCACAACUUGCAAUAAUAGAACAAGAAAUUCAAGAAAAAAAGAAACAAUUUGCUUGAAUUUGAACUUUCGAUCUUUUCAUAUCUCUGUUACUUAGCUUCUUAUCAAGAAAUGACCUUUGCAACACUAACCUAUUUGAUCACAGUAUUAUGGCACGCAAUGGGUACAUCAACAAUAGUAGAGACCCCUCUGGGUAAAAUUGAAGGAGAUAUGUCCACAGUGAAUGGAGCACCCAUAAAAAUGUUCCUUGGUGUACCAUUUGCUAAACUUCCCGUUGCAAGUCGGCGAUUUUUAAAACCGGAACCAGUUGAAGCCUGGAGUGGUACCCUUAAAGCGAAUAAACAGCCUCCUGCAUGCAUGCAGUAUACAGAAUUGCCAUUCCCAUGGUAUGAUAAUAUGACUGGUAAAAGCGAGGAUUGUCUUUAUUUGGAUAUAUACACGCCUUUCUAUGCUGCUAGAGGAAGUAAGCUUCCCGUGCUUUUCUGGAUUCAUGGUGGAGGAUACACUCUGGGAUCCAAUCGCAUGGACGUGUACGAUGGAAGAGUUUUGGCACAGAGAGAAGGUGUGGUUGUGGUAAUAACUAAUUAUCGUGUGGGAUUGUUCGGUUUUCUUACUUCAAACACAAGCGAUGCACCAGGAAAUGUGGGAUUGUACGAUGUAGUGAUGGCGCUCCAGUGGGUGAAUGAUAACAUCGAAUAUUUUGGAGGCGACAAGGACCGGAUCACUAUCAGUGGGGAAAGUGGUGGAUCCUCGAUCGUCAGCAUACUAUGUGUUUCUCCUCUGACCAAAGGCCUGUUCACUCGAGCUAUCAUGCAGAGCGCAUCGAUAGUCAAACAUAAAUAUAACAAACUGGAUUACAACUUGAAUCUGACUCAGCAUCUUGCAACAGCUGUCAAUUGUGCAACUAACGAUUUCACAAUCUAUGAUCAUCCAAUCGAAGUCGUCCACUGUCUGAGAAACAGAAAUGCCAUGUACCUGACGAAGACUGUGUCCAACUUCUUCCCACUGUCCACACGCUCUUUCUACCCUCAGUAUGGCGACGCUCUUCUCCCGCACAAUGCUGAAGAUGAUAUUCGGAACGGGAACUUUCACAAAGUCUCCAUCCUCUCCGGAGUUCUCAGAGAUGAAGGAGCUGCCUUUUUGGCGACAGGACAUCCAGAUGAGUUCGGCUUCUUCGGACAAAAGAAUCCGAAAAUCAACAAGACUCACGCUACGUCUCUGCUUCAAAGCACCUUCAGCAAUUACACAGAUUCACAAAAGUACAUCGACUUCUACCUCAAAAGCGUGCCUGAUGAUGAUUAUGACCUGAUCAGAAGGCAAGUCUACACUGCCAUCGGGGACACCACCCUCUUAUGCCCAACUCUCUAUUUUGCCGAGAGUUAUGCUGAAAGGAACAGGGAUGCGUACUUUUACUUUUUCACCCAUCGUCCAUCCAAUACACCAUGGGCAAAAUGGAUAGGCGUAGCACAUUUUGAAGACGUACAAUUUGUUUUUGGACGACCCGUAAGGGUGCCGAAAGAUUAUAAUAGAAAAGAAAUUUGGUUAAGUAGCCAAGUGAUGAAAUUAUGGGCAAACUUCGCAAAACAUGGGCAUCCUGGUGUAUUGUAUCCCAAAUGGCCAAAAUAUUCUAAAGAAAACCAUACCUAUAUGACUAUAGAUGUGGAUCAUUUUGGCAGACUUGGCACGGGGCCUCACAUGGAAAACUGUGACUUUCUGAGGAGUUAUUUUGGAUUUUAAAACUCUCUUUCAGAAAACGAAUGUAUUUAAUAAUAAACGAAAACAAUGCAUCCAACAGGUGUUUAUUAAAUAUCAACUGUCUGAAAUCAGAAAUCGUUUGGAAAUAA